AUGGGUAUCAUCAACGCGUCGGCCAUUCCACACGACGUCGAGACUUCCAAAGUAGGCGGACGGGAAUGGGACUCGCUUACGCCCGAGGAGAAGAAGCUAUCAUGCCGUGCUAUGGAAGCAUAUGCGGGUAUGGUAGAUUCGAUAGACGUGAACGUCGGUAAAGUGGUCGACUACCUAAAGAAAAGCGGGGAGUAUGACAACACCUUCAUCGUCUUUAUGAGUGAUAACGGGGCGGAGGGCGCUGCGCUGGAGGCUGUCCCCGUCAUGGGCGAUAACAUUCUGCAGGCUAUCCACCAGUACUAUGACAACUCGUAUGAGAACCUUGGUGCCUGGAACUCGUUUUCAUGGCUCGGCCCUCUUUGGGCCCAAGCCUCAACCGCCCCCUCGAGGCUGUUUAAGUGCUAUCCCUCUGAGGGAGGCAUCUUAGUCCCCUGCGUCGUCAAGCCUCCUAUCAACAAGAUGCCCUGCGCACCACCGAAGGGCUCCCUGAAUCGUUCCUUUUCGACCGUCAUGGACUUUUUGCCCACAUUCCUCGACCUUGCCGGCAUUUCUCUCCCACCAGCAUCAGCGAAGGAGCGCUCGGCAGCGCUAUAUGAUGCGAAGGAUGUGACAACUCGCAAGAUGACCACUUUCCGAGGCAAAGAUGUGCAUGCUGUUCGGGGUCGCUCCUGGAUGCCCUACUUUGGCCGAGGAGAGAAGGAGGAGGAGGACGAGACGUGGGCAAUCUACUCGUCACAAGAGCCCGUCGGAUGGGAGCUGUUCGCCCGUGGUGCUCUACGGAAAGGAGAAUGGAAGAUUGUGCACAUCGACAAGAAGCAUGGAGGCGUAGGAGAAGGCGACACAGGGUGGGAGCUCUUCAACAUUGCCCGGGAUCCCGGUGAGACCGAAGACCUUGCCAGGGCUGAGCCGGAAAAGUACAAGGAGCUACUGGCCCACUGGGAUGAGUAUGUGGUCGACUGUGGCAUCGUCUGGGGAGACUUUGCUUCAGCUCCUGGAUUUCGCAAGGACGAGGCGCCGGAUUACUGGCAAGACGAGCUGGAGCUACAGAGUUCAUGGAUGGUUGCCAAAGGUGGUGAGACAGUCCAGUAG